UUGCUUCCCGAUAUCCAACAGCUCCUUAAUAAUCUGAAUCCACUGCCUGCCGCCGUGUAGCCCCUGAUUCCUGGCCAGAUAUUUCUGCCGUGCCUGGUAACCCGGGCCAGCCAGAGGGUCCUUCUCGUUAAUAGCUGAUGUAAAGAAGGAGCUUUAUCCAAAACCAGGGGUCUGAAACCGGAGACGGGGAGCUGUUGGUUACCUUAGCCCCAGAGAGAUGAAUCUUCGUGGGCCAUCUGCCCACCCGGGGGCCCGUAGGGGCCAGGAUCCGGGCUGGAGAAGAUCAUGGGAACCGUCCCAUUGGGACGGACUCAUGUCUGAAGUGGAGGUGGUGCCACGACAUACCGGUCUUACGGGAUGUAACCCUCCUCGGCAACAGAGCGCCAGAGAUGGAGGGAGCCACAGCCAGAAUCUAGACAGGUGUUUGCAGGAGUUGGAGAGAGUGCAGUGUCAGACCUAUUUUAAAGGAGGAAGCCCAGUUAGCCUUCCUGGCCAAGUGCAGUGUCAGACCUAUUUUAAAGGAGGAAGCCCAGUUAGCAGUCCUGGCCAAGUGUCCAAGGUAGAGCUUGUGCCUCCAUCUCCCCCUCAACUUACCCCUGCUCGUACCCCUCGGCCGCACAGCGCCAUCGAGGGAAGACGUCAGAUGAACGAGUGGCUGUAUGAGUUGGAGAAGAUGCAGAGUGGGGACUAUUUUGACGGAAGCCCCACUGACAGCCCAGAGGUUGAGCCCCAUCCGAAGGUUCAUUUGGGUCGUACCCCUCGCCCGCAGAGCGCCAUCGAGGGAGGUAGCCAGAAUCUAGACAGGUGGUUACAGGAGCUGGAGAGGAUGGAGAACGGGAGAUAUUUCGGAAACCCUGACCGAGUGCAGAGAGAUCAAGUGCAGGCCCCUUUCUACGACGGGACAGCGUCGAUGCCAACCCUUCACAAGGAACCCGUUGGCUCUGGCCUGCGUCACCACUACCAGGGCCUCCCCUCGUCCCCAUCUCUCUGCAGCCGGGACAGGGACCUCUCCCCCUGUGGGACUCCCAGCCCGUGUGACAGUUCCCUGGGCAGCCAGGAGUCCCUCAAGGCAGGAUUGUCCUCUGCCCAGGACUACAACGGUAGCUGGGAAAGGGCUAUAAUCAAGCAGGCUCCAGGGAAGGAGGAGGCUAAACUCAGCUCUCUGACUCCGGUGAGAGUGGGCUGGCUGCCCAUCCAGAGAAGGGCCCUGUUGAGGGAUGCUCCAGGCCCUGGACCCAGACAUCCACACCUUCAGGUCAAUGUAGCCAGACAGGUGAGACUUAAACCGGCCAUUACCCCUACCUUCCGGAAGAAUCCUGUCAGGGGAAACGUGAUCAAACCUGUAGUAGAGGGAGAGGUGGAGAAAGUGGAGUGGAGUAAACCGAUCAUUAACACUGUGGGGCUCAGAACGAGGUGGCUUCCUGACCAGGCUCCUUCCCCCAGUACUCAACACCAGGUCUCAGGCAAGGAAAGCUCAGUCCCAAGGGAGAGGGACAACAGGUCUUUAGGUUGGCAGGAUCAGAGGAGAAGUUGGGCUAGCAGGACAACAUCCCACCUCAGUGGUAGUGGGACUCCUACCCAGUCUAACAACUCCCUACCCGGGGCUAACACUAACUCAGAGCCUGCCAGGAAGAGCCCUCUACACAGUACAACCAGCAACAACCAACAGCCUUCACACACUGAGGUUCCACCCUAUGGUACCAGCUCACAGUCUCCUGGAAUCCAACCUGGGGACGACUCAGACUCAGAACCCUGCUGGAGAUCUUCUCUACACAGGACCAACAGCUUCCAAACGUCUUCUCCCUCGACGAUCAGGCCAACAGUCCAAAAUAAUCCUUCACACACUGAGAUAACCCCCUCUGGAACCAAAUCUGCACCGUACAGGAGCAACAACCCUCUAUGUAGGACAAACAGCGUCCAACAGAAACCCUCACACGCUGAGUUAACUCCUUAUAGAACCAGCUCAGAGCCUUACAGAGCAACCUCUCUACAAAAACGAACAAGUUGUCUUCCACAAACUUCUCCUGCUGGGGUAGUAUCACCCCCGGCCCCUAGGACCACUACAGGUGCUACCAUCGUCCUGAAGACAACUACACCAGCCUUCUCCUCCAUUACCAUCGCCACCAAGAAGAUCUCCAGGACGACAAGCCUCCCUGGGUCUAGACCUCUGAGCCCUGGAUCUAGAGCCCCCAGACCCCAGAGCUACCACUCUGACGAGGCCAGGGUCCCAGGCUAUAAAGCCCCUAGGCCCCAGAGCUACCACUGCGACGAGGCCAUAGUCCCAGGCUAUAAAACCCCCAGGCCCCAGAGCUACCACUGCGACGAGGCCAGAGUCCCAGGCUAUAAAACCCCUAGGCCCCAGAGCUACCACUGCGACGAGGCCAGGGUCCCAGGCUAUAAAACCCCCAGGCCCCAGAGCUACCACACAAACCAGUCCAGACUCUCCACCACAUGCACCUCUGUCACCCAGCAGGACCAGGUCCAUCACCACCACCCCACCGGCAACGACCCCAGCUCCACCCCUGUCACCCUCAGGAGAAAGUCCACCGCCACCAUAGUCAAAGUGACCGAGCACAGAAGGAUGACCUCUGAACCUGUCAACCGACUGAACGGAAGGCAGAGCCCUGUUUCAUCUGUGUCAGGUGACCAACCAAAUGAUCAGGGCACGGCGGUUCACAGGAGAAAAGCCACCGUCAUAAAAGUGACCGAGCACAGAGAGAGCUACAGCCCAGGUCAGGAUGCCAGUGGUGUGAUCAGAAGCAGCAGUAGACCGUCAGAGUACAGACACAGUUACACAGAGGGAGUGUACACACACAAAUCCCCGUGGCAACAAUCCCCGUGGCAACAAGGAGCCAUGAAUUCAAACAUGAACUCUGUGGAAUCACUCCAGAGUACCCCUCCCUCCCAGUACCUUCUAGAAUCAUCUAUGGGCAGGAUAGACAGGCCCAACUCUGCUCUGUUCCUGACUCCAAACAAGUCCACCUCAACCACUACAGUUGCUCUGAGGGACCCAGAAGGAAGCAGAGGUGGAGGGAAGCCAAUACAGAAGUCUACCCUGAUGCUGUUCAUAAACCCCUCUUCUCCCUCUUCCAGAGAGACAUCCAUAGAGAAGGUUGGUGUAGAGAGAGGAGGCGAAGAGAGACGGGCUCGGGACAGAGCCAGAAGACCAGCGAGCUGCUAUGCUAAUGUGUUUGGCCACACUGACCCGACAGAGCCAUGCCCAGUCUCAGAGACUGUUACUGUUACACAAGCUGGACCUGGGAACUGGAGCCCAGAGUCUGUUACACAAGCUGGACCCGGGAACUGGAGCCCAGAGACUGUUACACAAGCUGGACCCGGGAACUGGAGCCCAGAGACUGUUACACAAGCUGGACCCAGGAACUGGAGCCCAGAGACUGUUACACAAGCUGGACCCGGGAACUGGAGCCCAGAGACUGUUACACAAGCUGGACCCGGGAACUGGAGCCCAGAGACUGUUACACAAGCUGGACCCGGGAACUGGAGCCCAGAGACUGUUACACAAGCUGGACCCGGGAACUGGAGCCCAGAGACUGUUACACAAGCUGGACCCGGGAACUGGAGCCCAGAGACUGUUACACAAGCUGGACCCAGGAACUGGAGCCCAGUGACUGUUACACAAGCUGGACCCGGGAUCUGGAGCCCAGAGACUGUUACACAAGCUGGACCCGGGAACUGGAGCCCAGAGACUGUUACUGUUACACAAACUGGACCCAGGAACUGGAGCCCAAAGACUGUUACACAAGCUGGACCCGGGAACUGGAGCCCAGAGACUGUUACACAAGCUGGACCCAGGAACUGGAGCCCAGAGACUGUUACACAAGCUGGACCCAGGAACUGGAGCACAGAGACUGUUACACAAGCUGGACCCGGGAACUGGAGCCCAGAGACUGUUACACAAGCUGGACCCGGGAACUGGAGCCCAGAGACUGUUACACAAGCUGGACCCGGGAACUGGAGCCCAGAGACUGUUACACAAGCUGGACCCGGGCAUUGGAGCAUGGGACAUCCUAACCAGACCCAGAAUUCUAAUAUUGACCCAGUGAGGGACCGGGUCAAGGACACUGCUACCAGCAACAGUAGAUUAAACACUGGAUCUUCUAGCUCUUCCAUCAGUGCUGGACCAGCAGGCAGGGACAGGGAGAUGUGUCCCCCAGAGACAGAGUCCUCCAGACCAGAGGGAAGAGGGACUGAGAGAGAAGGAGAUGUAACACAUCAUUCACACCAGGCAGAUGCCAGGAGCAGCCAACCACAACCUCCAGCUAUCACUCUCAUCAAGCACCAAGAGCCCCAGUCACAUCAGCAGUCUCCCGAGGCUGUCCUGGCCCUCAACGCUGCCGCCGUCAUAGCUCAUAUCAAACUCCAGAGACAACUGAGCCUGAGGAAGGCAACACCACAUGACCUUUCUACAAGGUCACCCACCACACCAGAGGAGGGAAAAACACUGGUGAAGGAUGCUGGUGGUUGUGUGCGACCCAGGACUGAUGACAACAGACUAGACCCUGGUGAGACCACCAGAACCACACAUCACACAACCCAGAUUGAUGUUGGGUUUAUUCCCCUGAAUUCUGACUCUGACCCGGAAACAAGCAAAGCCAACAUUCCAUCACCCAGGGAGGCUCUGGAGCGAUCCAGACCACACUUCAUCAGUCGCUCUCAGGGCAGACUGAGAGAGAUGGAGAGGCGGGCGGAAGAGAGGAGGGAGGAGAGGCGCUCUGACCACCAGCCAGAGGAGACGAUGCUGAUGCACCAUGGAGGACACAGCACCAGAACCAGUCCUCUCAGUGAUAACCUUUUCCGACCCAGAGAUAGAGCCAUUACAGGGAAGGAGAUGCACCUCAGAACCAGGCAGAACUAUAAAAAUCUGCCGGAGGUGAGGAGGAAACAGGAGGAAGAGAAGAGGAGGGAGGACUACCUGACUAACAGGCUGAGAGCAGAUCUCUUCAAAAAGAAACUGUUAGAACAGAUCCUUCAAAGGGCUAGACACUGAGUGAAGCCAAGGAUGAAUGGUCCGAACGUACGGGAUCUCCCCCCCUCCUUCCAGCAUACUGCCCUGCUUUGAGAGACCCAACAACCAUCAAGACGGACUGACGAUUAUCCCAACGACAGCUUUAAUACACAUUAUAAUUGAGCAACAUCAUUGAAAAAAGAUAAACAAAUUUUAAACAAUUUGUAGUGAAAAUGUGUGUCAUUAGAAAUGAAACAAAACGAUGUAUGUUAUAAUGUUCCACCAUUUUAAUGAUAACGUCUUUCCUCAUCAUAAUACUGCUGUUUAUGAUCCAAAAACCCUGUUUGGUUCACAGAAGCACACUGUGUUUUACUGCUCCUGAGCCAAUCAAAUCGAAUCCUACUGAGAGCUCCAAUGAAUGUCCGUCUGCUUGACCAGAAUCUUUCUGAGGGUGUGUAGAAUACCGGUUUAGUUGUGGGAUUACAAUGUAACGAAUGUUGUUGUUCUAUGUUAUCUAUGUUAUCUAUGUUAUCUAUGCAUAUGGACUGUGUACUGUAUUGAAGCCUUCCAUAAAAAAACUGUAUCGUUGGCUCCACUAAAUGUUGUUCUUCUAUGUUAUCUAUGUUGUCUAUGUUAUCUAUGCAUCCUGCUUGUUUAUAUUAUUCGUAUUGAUUUAGCUAGGCAGGUAAAUCAAAUCAAAUGUAUUUAUAUAGCCCUUCGUACAUCAGCUGAUAUCUCAAAGUGCAGUACAGAAACUCAGCCUAAAACCCAAAACCAGCAAGCAA